AUGGGUACCACAACUUCAAAGACUGCAGUCACAACUACCUCCAUAACAACGACUACCCCAAUUUUGGUUCCAACAACUUCAUCUACUACAAGUACUACGCCAACUACAUCUUCUACUACUAGUAUUACUACAAGUUCGGUUGAAUCUGUUGUUCCAACCUCCUCUUCCAUUACAUACACUACUCUAUCGUCCGAUGUUUUAUCAUCUGCAUUAUUAUCCUAUUUGAGUUCUUCCACCAUAUCUGAAGCGAUAGGUUCCUCUGGUUCUCUCCUUGUUCAAUCAUCGAGUUUCAUCUCUUCAACUUCUGAAGAACCAGUGAGUUCAUCGGUAUUUAGUUUGAAUUCUGCUCCAUUGUCCAGUGUUUUGUCAAGUGUAACUACUUCAGAGUAUGCAUCUUCUCUAAACACAGUGUCGAGUUCACAACUAUCUGACGUUUACAGUAGCUCUGUUACUUUAUCAUCUUCUUACGCCGAAACAUCUUCAACUGUUGAAACGUCUUCUACCACUGUGUCAUCUACUACUGUGUCAUCUUCUAGUAUAAUUCCAUCUUAUACAGUUGAGUCAUUUUCCACCAUUGAAUCACCUUCUAUUGUUGAAUCGUCCUCAACAGUUGAAUUGUCCUCUAGUACUAUCCCUUCUUCAAGUACUGCAUAUACAACAAGUUCAUCUACAUCACUAGUCAGUUCUACCUUGCCGGAUACUAUAGUAGCAUCACCUGAUCCAGUAGUGAGUUCAAUGAACGGCAUAUCGGCUAUUGAUAUUAGAAUUGGAAGUGAAACUGAUGUCAAUACUUUGCUAUCGACUAUUACAGAAAGUGCUACCACUACUGAAAGAACUACUAUUACUGAUUUUGCUACUGUCACAGACACUGCAACCAUUACUGCCGUUUCUACUGUUACCAGUACCAAUACUGUUACCGAUGUAUCCACUGUUAUCGACACAGAAUAUAUCACAGAUACUACCACAAAUUAUGUAACUUUAACUAAUACAGCUACUGUUACUGCUCUGUCUACAGUUACUGAUGUUACUACUGCUACGGUUACCAACACUGAAACUGUAACCGAUUCAACUACUGAAUAUGAAGUUACUACUCAAACAGAAUUAUCAACAGCUACUGAUACCCUUACAAAUGUAGAAUUAUCAACUAUUACCAACACUGAAACUGUUAUUGACACUAUCACUAACACUGUCAUGGAUACCGACACUGUCACUGAAACAGCUACUGUUACAAGCGAAGAAACCUCCACUAUUAUUCAAACUAAUACCCAAAUGGUCACUGAUACUGAUACUGUCACUGAUACUGUUUUCGGUACAGUUUCUGAAGUCUCUACUCAAGUUGUUACGGAAACAGAAACAGAAACAGAAACGGAGACAAAGACAGACGUUAUUACAAGUGUUGUUUCUGAUAUUUCUAUCCAAAUUGUUACCAAAAUGGACACAAUUACUGAAACAGUUACAAAUGCAAAAGCUAUCGAUGCUGAGUCAGAAGCCCUUGCAACGUCUUCUCUUAGUAAUCGUUCAGUAAUGAGUUCAUUCCUUAGCAGUUCAUCAAUGAUUACCACUCCACUUAGCAAUUCAGAAAUAAAGACACAGCUACCAACCAGUACAUCGAUAAGUUCUGUUGACGUCAAAGUAGUUAGUUCCAAUAACACUUUUAUUUCGUCAGACAAGUACUCAAUGGAAAUUAAUCCAUUUAGUACAACGGAUCUAUCAUCUUUAGUUUCUACCCAUCCCAGUGAUUUAAUUUUUACAUCUACGAAUUCAACCUUUUCCUCAACUCGUUCCGCUGAUCCAGCUUCCAUCGGUCCAACUACUACGGAUCCAACUUCUGUAUCCGGAUUGGACGCUAUCAGUACAAAUAUGAGGUCUUCAUCAGUUGCAACAAUUAUUGCUUCUAUUACAUAUCACAAUAAUAAUACAUCGACCAUUGAUGAGAGUAGUGUAAAGCCAACAAUAUCAGAUGAUGAUAUUAAAUCUACAAUCAAUUCAGUUUCCAAAAUUACGGAAGGAUCACUUUCUGAUAGCGGAUAUAAUUCAACGGUGUCUGGUAAAACUACGAUUCUAGCGCCUGAUCAAGGUGUUACCACAACCACAUUAAAAGAAACUGAUGUUGAGUAUACAACAACUUGUCCGGAAUCAAGAAUAAAGGUAGUAUCUAGCAAUUCAGCACACGUGUCUCAAACCAACAACAUUUUGGUUAAAACUGUAACUGUUGAUUCUUUAACAACUGUGGUAACGACAACAUGUAAUGGGAGUUGUGAUGCUGAUGAUAGUUACACCGCUGAAGGGACAAAAUCUGAAGUGCCCACCAUCGAUAUCAAUCCUGCUAGAUCAACAACAAUUUCAAAUGUGUCACGUUCAACAACUGACGUAGAACAAUCCGGAUCUGACAUGAAAACUGCGAAUGAAAACAAUUCAUCAACUAAAACAUCUAAUAUUGUAAAGAACGCUUCUUUCCACGAUGUACCAACUUCGACUAAUAAGAAUGAAAAUGUAGGUGCAGCUUCAUCUACUAAUGUUAUAGAAACCUCUCAAAAUGUUAACUUCGGUAAUGUCGAUACAACUGCAAAGUCAUCCAUUAUUCAAUCGAAGGCUCUAGCUUGGAGCACAGCUUCGUCAUCUGGUGCAGUAGUUUUCUAUUCGGAUAAUGUCGCAGCGAAGAGAAAUAAUAUCGGAGCCAACUAUUACGGCUCAAGUUUGUUCGUCCUUGUAUUAAUAUCCUUGAUAUAG